AUGCAAACAGUGAUAAGAACAACAAAUACCUUUGAAGGAGAUUUGAGUAAUGAACAGACAGAAUAUAAUAUUGAUGCAAUUAUGAAAGGAAAAGAUCAAGAAACAUUCUUCAAAAAUACAGUAAGUAAGAUGAUUAAAAGAGUUAUUGAAGGGACUGAUCUUUAUGUUAUGUGUUAUGGAGGAAAGCAGUCUGGAAAAACAUUUAGUUUAGAAGGGUGUUUUAAUAAUAUUGAUUUUACUAAUGCUGGAUUGAUUCCACGAUCAAUUAAUGCACUUAUUGAAGAAUUAAAAACAAAAGGAAAAUAUACAAUUCGAGUGAGUUAUAUUCAAGUUGAAGAUAAAAAGAUUAGUGAUUUAUUAUGUGAAGGUGAGAGUGAUGUUUUAUUGAAAGAGCCAACAAAAAAAUUUAAAAAUCAACUUGGAGGAGUUAUGUUUCUCUGUGCAACAGAAUUAACAGUUACAGAAAGUACUACAUCACAAGUUUUUUCUAAAUUAAAUGUUCUUAGAAAAGAGAGAACAAAGAAUGAAAUAGAAAAACUUGAAAACGUUUGUAGAGUAUUCUCAGCUUCAAUAAUUUCAUCAGAAGAAGAAAAAAGAGGACAAAAAGAAUAUAUUGAUUGUGGAAGAAUUACAUUUAUUGAUCUUCCAUGUUGUUGGGAAGAAAGUAAUCAUAAAGGAAGUUUACUUAAUGGAUUAAAUUGUUAUGUUGAAUCAAAUAGAGAACAAAGAAUGAGAUUAUCUACAAAGAAUAAUGACAUUACCCGUAUUUUACAAGAAGCAUUAGGUGGACAAGGAUUUUUAAUAGCAAUUGGAUGUAUUUCAUCAAUAAAUCAACAAGAAACUAUUCAAACAUUAAGGUUUUUAAAUAAAUUAAAAACUAUUAAGAAUGUUCCAAUAUAUUCAAGACAUAUAUUAAAAUCAGUUUAUGAUAAUUAUUUAGAUGAAGAAAUAAAACAAUUAAAUUAUCAAUACUCUGAUCUUCUUAGAAAAAAUGUUAUUUCUAAAGAGGCAUUAGAAGCAAAAAAACUUCAACAAGACAUUCAAAAUCAAAGAUACACUAAUGUUCAAAUUGGUAGUUUAAUUCAAAGAGUUAGAAAAGAGUCAGAACCAGAAUAUAAUAAAAUUAAUCAAAAGAUUUUAAUAGCAAAUGAAUAUAUUACAAAAAAGAAAAGAACUGAAUUAGAACUUAGAGAUAAAAUUACAGAUAUGAUUGAUUUAGCUAAAAAAAUUGAAGAACAUAAUAAACAAUUAGAAGAUAUGAUUCAAAAACAAGUUGAAGAAGCACAAAGACAAAAAGAAUAUAUUGAAAAAAGUAUUAAUGAAUGUAGAAUAGAUGUUGAUGAAUUUAAAAAAAAAUAUAAUGAAGGAGAAGAAAAAAUCAUUGAAUUAAUGAAAGAAAUAAAUAAUCAUUUAGAAGGAGAAGAAUGUAGAAAAAUAGAACUUCCAAAAUAUUCAUCAAUGAAUGAAAUUAAUGAGAUGUUAAAUAAAGUAAUUAUUUCAUUUAAAUAUGAUGGAAAAAAAACAAUAAAAAUAAUAGAAGAUGUAUUAGAAGAAAGUCAACAAGAAAUGAAUGAUUUUGAACUUCUUAUAAAUCAAAUGAUUAAUAGAUUAGAACAAGGAAAAAGUAGAUGGAGUCCAGUUGAAGAUAAAAUUAUUGAACAAUUUCAAUUACUUAUUCAAUUCAUUCAACAACAAAAAAAAGAAAUGGAAGAAGAAAUAAAAGAAAAAGAAAAAAUAAAAGAAAAAGAAAUUAAUCAAAUUCAAAGAAAUAAAGAAGAAAUUAAAAAAGAAAUAAAAGAGUUAAUACCAGAAAUGAAUAAAGAAAUAGAAUCAAUUAUUCAAAAAUAUCAACUAAUUAUUAGUAAUUCUAUUAAAGAAAAAAAUAAUGAAUAUUUUCCUAUUGGAAAUGAAAUUAAAAUGGAAGAAUGUAUGGAAAUAUUUGAACAAAAAAUUCAAAAUAAAAUAGAAGAAGUAAAAAAAGAAUUAGAAAUUGAAAUUCUAAAAGAUAAUGGAAAUGAAGAAAAAAUAAUGAAAAAAAUGAAAGAUUCAAUAGAAGAAGAAAAACAAAAAAAUAGAUUUGAACAAGAAGUCUUUAAAGAAAGUAUUGAAAAAACUAAAAUUGCUAUUCAAAAGAUUUUUGAUGAAAGUGGAGUGAUUGAUUUUAUUAAAGAACAAUGUAAUUUAUUAAAUGAAGAUGAUAAAAAAUUAAAACAAAAACAUCUUCCAUUAAAAAAGUUAUUUCAAGAAAGUUAUAAAUCAUUAAAUGAAUUAUUUAAUGAAAUUAAUACAAUUUUAAAUGAAUUUAUUGAAAAAGUUAAUCAUAUUACUAUUGACUAUGAAUCUGAAAUUGUUAUUGAAAGAAUUCAAAGUCCACCUAUUCCUUCAAUAUUAAUGCAAAAUUCUGAAUAUCCAACAGUAUUAGAUGAUAUUGAUUCUUCUAAAUUAAUACUUAAAAAAAAUUAA